AUGGCCCAGGGUUCUCAGUUGUCCCCACAGAGGUAGAUCGAAUCUGUGCCACAAUGGCUUCUGUGACAGCUUUGGCAGCGCCAUUGAGGGCUUUCUCCCCCUGUCAUCUCUGUUAUCCAGCUAACUUAAUAUAUGCCUACAGUAGGUCCCCCUCUCCCCCUAUCAUCUCUGUUAUCCAGCUAACUUAAUGUAUGCCUACUGUAGGUCCCCCUGUCAUCUCUGUUAUCCAGCUAACUGAAUUUGUGUCUACAGUAGGUCCCCCUAUCAUCUCUGUUAUCCAGCUAACUUAAUGUAUGCCUACUGUAGGUUCCCCUAUCAUCUCUGUUAUCCAGCUAACUGAAUUUGUGCCUACAGUAGGUCCCCCUAUCAUCUCUGUUAUCCAGCUAACUGAAUUUGUGCCUACAGUAGGUCCCCCUAUCAUCUCUGUUAUCCAGCUAACUGAAUUUGUGCCUACAGUAGGUCCCCCUCUUCCUCUAUCAUCUCUGCGUCUCCUGAUCCCUCCACUGCGGCUGGUGUCUGCAGCUCUAUGGCAAGUUGUUCAGCAGAGAGACAUCAUGGACUACGGGUUGGUGGAGGAGUUUGUCACCACUGUGUUGGAGAUAGUCCCUGAUAUGAUGAGUUACAGGGAGAGAGUCCAACUCAUCAUGGGACUUCGAGCACAGGUGAGAGAUGGUGCUGAUGAUGAGUGGAGAUGAAGGAGUCUCCAGAGUUACUCAACUCUCAUCUCCUGAUGUCAGUACACUGUUUCAGUUUUUCGUUGGCCCCACCCACCAGUCUAACUUUUACUCAUUCAGCUGGUUCUGCAGUUGUGUCGCUCUGAUCACCUAGCCAACCCUGAGACCAUCCAGCCACACCUGAACAGGAUGAAGACCUGUAUCAUCACUCAUGGGGACAAGGAGGUUAGUGCUUCUCAGUGACAGAUCAAGACUUGUAACUCUGCUGGUUAGUUUCAUUUAUUGACUGAGCUAUCCAUACUUGCUGUAGAUUUCUGAUCCAGAGGUGGAAGCGUCAGAGUCGAACUUCCUGAAGCUGAUUCAAACUCUGCUGGAAGACCCAGUUGAGAAGGAACACUUCUUUCAGGUCAGUGUUGUAACUAAGGAUCUGCUGAUUAUGAUGAUUUAGAUUUUAUUUUAUUAGGAUCUCUUUUAAGUCCUCAUUCGGACUAAUCUUCCAAGAGUCCUUGAUGACGAUGUUAACUCCAAGAGUGAAUGGUUUUUACAAGGAAGUGAAACUCAUUGUUAGAUCAAAAAGUACUGAAACCCUCUAUCUGCUUGUCUCCUAGAGCGUUUUUCCAGAGGAAUUUGGCCCCAAGUAUGACUCAGCACUGCAGACUCUGGUGUGGGAGUUCCUCUCCAGGCUGGAGAAGCUGCUUCCAACACCAACCCUUCAACAGGUACCAUGCUAACAUCUUAUUACCUUUAUCAGGUACCAAGCUAACAUCUUAUUACCUUUAUCAGGUACCAAGCUAACAUCUUAUUACCUUCAACAGGUACCAUGCUAACAUCUUAUUACCUUCAUCAGUAUACUGUCAUACAAGUUGUUUUUAAAAUUCACUGUACAAAGAUAUUUGUCCUUUUUUUAAAUGCGCAAGUAAUGGUAGACCAAGGGAAACCUUGGUAUGUUUUAGGUUGGCUAAACCAAAUGUUGUAAUCUGUGAAAAAUGACACACUCAUUAAGUGGAUAACUAGAUGGUUACAACAGAGUGAAACGUGCCUAAAGACACAUUUCUUAAAGUCGACUACAUGUGUUUUGUGCAUAUGUUAUAAUAGAAAUGGAUACAUUGCCUCUUUUUUUUUUUUAAAGCCAUUCUCUUUCCAUUAGACGGCAUCAUGGUUCCUACCUGACCCCUCCGUCCUGGAGGAGUGUGUGCAGUGUGUGUCCCACCCUCAGCCUUUGAAGACCCUUCUCCAGCACCACAACAACACAUGUGGACACGUAGACACCAAUGGUAGGAGAAAUAGACUUUGGACAGGAAAUAAUGUUCUCAGAUAGCCUGUAACAUUUCCAUGUUAGACACCAAUGGUAGGAGAAAUAGACUUUGGACAGGAAAUCAUUAUCAGAUAGCCUGUAACAUUUCCAUGUUAGACACCAAUGGUAGGAGAAAUAGACUUUGGACAGCAAAUAAUGUUCUCAGAUAGCCUGUAACAUUUCCAUGUUAGACACCAAUGGUAGGAGAAAUAGACUUUGGACAGGAAAUAAUGAUCCGAUUAUGAGACUUUUCUGGACCCCUUCUUCCUGACAGCUAAAGGUCCCAAAGCUUCUGUGCAUGUGCAGGAUUCUUUACUUUACGUACAGUCUCUGCUCUACUAGGAGAGAACCUCCCUUCACUUUGGACAGGAAAGAAUGUUCUCAGAUAGCCUGUAACAUUUCCGUGUUAGACACCAAUGGUAGGAGAAAUAGACUUUGGACAGGUAAGAAUGAAAUAAAUAAUGUGGAGAUUGAGCAAGUUGAGGUGACUAAACUGCUUGGAGUAACCCUGGAUUGUAAACUGUCAUGGUCAAAACAUAUUGAUACAACAGUAGCUAGGAUGGGGAGAAGUCUGUCUAUAAUAAAGCGCUGCUCUGCCUUCUUAACAGGACUAUCAACAAGGCAGGUCCUAAAGGCUUUAGUUUUAUCGCACCUGGACUACUGUUCAGUCAUGUGGUCAGGUGCCACAAAGAGGGACUUGCAAUUGGCUCAAAACAGGGCAGCAUGGCUGGCCCUUUGAUGUACACAGAGAGCAAACAUUAAUAAUAUGCAUGUCAAUCUCUCCUGGCUCAAAGUGGAGGAGAGAUUGACUUCAUCACUGCUUGUGUUUGUGAGAGGUAUUGACAUGUUGAAUGCACCGAGCUGUCUGUUUGAACGACUGGCACACAGCUCAGACACCCAUGCAUACCCCACAAGACAUGCCACCAGAGGUCUCUUCACAGACCCUAAGUCCAGAACAGACUAUGGGAGGCACACAGUACUACAUAGAGCCAUGACUACAUGGAACUCUAUACCACAUCAGGUAACUGAUGAAAGCAGUAGAAUCAGAUUUAAAAAACAGAUAAAAAUACACCUUAUGGAACAGCGGGGUCUGUGAAGCAACACAAACAUAGGCACAUGCACACACACACACGAUAACAUACACACUAUACACACACGUACACAUGGAUUAUGUGUUGUAGAUAUGUGGUAGUGGAGUAGGGGCCUGAGGACACACACUUGGUGUGCUGUGAAAUCUGUUAUGAAUGUAUUGUAACUGCCUUAAUUUUGCUGGACCCCAGGAAGAGUAGCUGCUGCCUUGGCAGGAACUAAUGCGGAUCCAUAAUAAAUACAAAUGAGAUUGAGACUUUUCUGGACCCCUCUUCCCGACAGCUAAAGGUCCCAAAGCUUCUGUGCAUGUGCAGGAUUCUUUACUUCACGCACAGUCUCAGCUCUACUAGUAGAGAACCUCCCUUCACAUUUCUGACUGUCAGACGUGAAUGACAAUUCUUAAAGUUUUACCAGUGAAACGUCCAUGCAGCAUCUGCACACCAACUAUUUCAUCUCAAUCCGUUUCAUGGGGAUAUGCAUUUAGAACUUCUUGAGUUGUACAGUGUUGUUUCGAAUGAUGUAGCCUACAGUGAGCAUUAUACUAUGCUUAGUAACGUUAUACUACGCUAUCAUAUUGGGUUCUGUUAUGUAGAAUACUAUAAUUACGUGUAACUUGCAGACAUUGAUUCAGCUUUGAUCUAACUUUUAUUAAGCAAGCACCAUUCGCCAGAGUAGCCUCUCUACGAGUAGAGGGAAGAGACUGUGGAUAGAGUAGAGAAUCACAUGCACAGAAGCUUUGGACCUUUUAGCUGUUGGAAGAGGGGUCCAAGUCUGAUCCGCAGCCACUCCAUAUGAGAUAUAACAUUUCCAUGUUUGCCUUUUUUUAAAUGUUUUUUUUUAUUUUAACUUUUCUUGUCAUCAUGUCCUCAGGUCUGUUUUCUGGCGACAAUCCAAUCCUAAUCAAAGCUGACCCAGAGGUCCAAUCAGAACCUGAGCAGCAAUGUAUGAGCCCCGUCUCAUCUGACAGUGAGCCAGAGAUGACCCCUUUGUUGGAACUGGGGAUUAAUUCAGACCGAACUGUAAAUAUCGACAUGAAUAAAGAGGUGGAGCCUGUUUCUUUAGAGGUAGCGCAUAUAUACAAUAAAACAACAGAGAAAAACAUUGAACACAACGCACCAGGUAAAAUGACAGUAAAAGAGAUAAAAAAUAAUACAUAUUUUCACCACCUUCAAACUGACAGGCUGGAAAUCCAAGGAAAAGCCCACAACAGCCAACAGGAAGUGCAGGACAUUUCUAGUUUGUCUACUUCCUGUCGGCUCCGUCAGCCCGCAGUGAUGCUGCACAGACUUGACAUUACUGAUAUGCUGUUAACUGUGUCAGAGGUCUCUCUAACACCGAGGAGAGAGAGGCUUCAGAUUGACAAAUUGGGAUCCCAAGGACCGAGAAGAGGACAGGUCAUAUCACAAAAGAGUGAGAGGAAUGUCAAUGAAGAGCCCUCUGAUGGUCAACAUCAGUAUUCUUUGGCCGCUGACCCAUCCCCCACCACAGGGCAGCCUAAAAGAAGCAAGCGUGUCAAAAUAUGCUCCUUGUGUGGAAAGACUUUCAGCGAAGCAAAGGAUUUGACGGCACACAUGAGAUCUCACAACGAGCAGAGCCCUUACAAGUGCACCCAGUGUGGACAAGACUAUGAGCACCAUGAGGACUUACUGGCACAUCAGCAGAAUGUGUGUGAGGAGGCAGCUCAACCAGAAGAGGACAGCAUGUCUACUGCAUCUUUAAAGGAGGAUAACAUGUCUACGACAUCUAUGGAGGAUCAGACGGAGCUAGCAUGCACGGAGCUAUCAGAGUCUUCCAAAGCCAGGACAUGCCGCGUGUGUCACAAAACUGUCUAUAGUAGAAAUUAUUUGAGAAAGCACCUGAAAUCCCAACAUGGUCAACUCCUGAAGAUGCAUAAGAAACUCGAAACGUUUUUCUGUUGCUCUCUGUGUAAUAAGACCUUUGGAUGCAGAAAUGAUUUGAGAAAGCACCUGAAAUCCCAACAUGGUCAACUCCUGAAGAUGCAUAAGAAACACAAAAAUAUGAUCUGUUGCACUCUGUGUAAUAAGUCCUUUGAUCUUUCUGAGCCAAACGAGUGUGAGGUGAACCAACAGCAACUUCCCAGGAAGGCUCACCCAGAGGCCAACACACUUAUAGCUGCAGUAGAACAUGGGUUAGUGAUACCACAGCCCUCAAGCACCACAUGCCAGAACCCAACAACCUCCAAUGCUCUGCCCAUUCAGGCACAGUCCUACAAUGACUACAGAACAUGUCUUUUGUGCGAUGAAACUUUCGAUACUGCAGACACCAUGAGAAAGCACCUAAGAUUUCAACACAAUAUACUGUCUUACUUGUGCCACGAUUGUGGGGAAAGUUUCCCAAGCAAAUUAGAUCUGCAGAAACACUCAAAGAAUUGUUUGAGUAUUCCAGAUUCAAGAAAAUGUCCUGAGUGCAGGAAAAUGACUUCUCAAACAACACAGCCGCAGGAAAACAUUUGUCAGGAGAUGAACCAAAGACAACAGCAACUACCUGCAGGGGAAAAUGAGAUAGAGAUCCUUCAUUCCUGCAGCACAGACGUUACCUUCUCAAAUUACUCGCAACAACACCAGCCAAUAGAGUGUGAGGAGAUUAACUUUCAGAGAAGACAGCAAGACUGGAGUGAGGAAGUUGAUCCAAACCAGCAUCCAGAGGAGGUUGAACCAGCAGACAGAAGCAGUUCUCUGCUUUCAAGGGAGAAUGGGACAGAGAUUCCCCAGAGCCAUAG